AUGCCACAACUGCUGCCAUCUGCGCUGCUGCUGCUGCUGCUGCUGGCCGUGCUUUCGCGAAUCGGACAAUGUCAGGGAAACCAAAGUAAUGAUCCCGCCCUCCCCAACACAACUGGAGAACCAGCCGAAAAUACCGGCUUUCACGAUAACAAAAUUGUCCACGAUGAAGCACAUCUGAAGGAACACCUUAAAGAGGAGAUAGAUACCAGCAAGCCUAUGACGCCACAGGAAAUGGAAUUCCACUACUUCCGCUUACACGACGCGGAUAACAACACCAAGCUAGACGGUCUGGAAAUAAUGUCCGCCUUAAGCCACAUGAGUAACAUGUACGACUUAACUGCUGCGGAAAAGGCUGGGAAAUCGGAACAGGAGGUAGCUGAACUACAGCGCAAGCGCAGUGAUGGGGCCACCAAACAUUAUGCGGAUAUAGUAGACAAAGUACUGAGAGAAGACGACUUUGACCAUGACGGCUACAUUUCUUAUCCUGAGUACGUUUCCGCUAGACGGCGCGAUUUUGAUCGCUACCAACACGAAAUGGCACAACAACAGAUGCUAGCACAACAGAUGAUGCAGCAACAGCAGGCGAUGGCCCAACAACAACAAUUCCAGCAAUUCCAACAGUUCCAGCAGCAGCAACAGGCAAUGCACAUGCAACAACUGCAACAUCAGCAACAAUAUCAACAACCACAACAACACCAACAACAGCAGCAUCAAGGGCUGCCUGUUAAUCAAGGUCAGAUGGAUACACAGAAGAGUUAA